CCCGAGCCGAGCGGAGACAUAUUAAUCGACCUCUGGGAGCGGCUGGCGCAGUAGCUGUGAAACCUCCUUCCGAGUAGUGUCUUGUGGUGAAGGCCAACACUUGCCUGACAGGUGUGAAGUCUUGGCAGCCACCGCUGAUUAAACCCUAAGCAUGGGGAAGGACUACUACAAGAUCCUGGGGCUGUCCAAGGGGGCCUCCGAGGAGGACAUAAAGAAGGCCUACAGGAAGAUGGCCCUCAAAUACCAUCCCGACAAAAACAAAUCAGCAGAUGCCGAGGAGAAGUUUAAGGCAGUGGCAGAGGCUUACGAGGUGCUGAGUGAUAAAAAGAAGCGGGACAUCUACGACCAGUAUGGCGAGGAGGGCCUGAAGGGCGGGGUGCCUGGCGGCCCCGGCGAGGAUGGCACACACUUCACCUACACCUUCUCCGGGGACCCGCGAGCCACCUUCCACGAGUUUUUUGGCACUAGUGACCCCUUCGCCCACUUCUUCAACAUGGGCGUGGACGGACAUGGGGGCCACGGAGUGUUCGAAGACAUGGACGUGGAGGACGAUCCAUUUAUCACCAUGAUGGGCGGCAGCGGGCCUCGCCUGGGCGGCACGCGAAGGGCGUUCAGCUUCAACCCACACGAUGCCACCAGGCCACAGGGCGGCAAGGGGCGCCACCAGGACCCGGCCGUCACCAGAGACCUGUACGUCACCUUAGAGGAGGUGUCGAAGGGCGUCACCAAGAAAAUGAAAAUAACAAGGAACGUGUUGGCGAGUGACGGGCGCUCCACACGGCGGGAGGAGAAGAUCUUGACGAUUGAGGUGAAGCCUGGGUGGAAGGAAGGCACCAAGAUUACCUUCGAGCGAGAGGGUGACCAGACCCCAGGCAAGAUCCCCGCCGACAUUGUCUUCAUGAUCAGAGACAAACCUCACCACCACUUCAAGCGUGACGGCGCCAACCUGAUCUACACAGCCAAGGUGGCCCUCCGAGAUGCUCUGUGUGGUACCAGGGUGUCAGUCCCAACUCUGGAUGGUCAGAGAGUGGCACUCAACUUAACAAACGAGGUGGUGCGGCCCCAGACCACAAAACGCCUGCAGGGCUACGGCUUGCCUUACCCUAAGGAUACCCAGAGGAAGGGUGACAUCAUCGUUCACUUCGACAUUCAGUUUCCUUCUACAUUGACUGAAAGUGCGAAAGAAAUUUUGUCAGAAGUGCUCCCCCCGUAAGUGCCUUAGUGAGGGGGAGUUACAACGAGGCGUGCUCAUCCAGAAAGGGAGUGUGGGUAGUGUAAGGCCUCGUCUUGAUGCGUGGGUGCAUCUGCUUCUUGGGUGGACAUCUGUUUGUGUUUUUUAUCGUUUCAUUUGAGUUUUGUGCAGCAGUUCGUGCAAGCGUGAGAGUUUUGAGUAUUGUGAGUGUUGUGCACGUGCAAAUGAACAAGGAAUUUGUUACUCGCAAGAAGCAAUACUUGUGUGGUGACGUCAUCUGUGGAGUUAGCUGCCAGGGAGACGGAGAAAGGAUUUUUUUUUAUUUAUUUUUCUUAUUUUUAACUUCACAGAGGUAGGCACUUAACUUAUUUAAUAGUUAAAACAAGUGGCUUGUGUACGUAAUAUUUGAGCUCUUGCACCAAGGGCGAAUUAAGUUUGUACUUGUUUCAUGCCAUCAUUCAUUCAUUUUGCAUUUAAUCACAUUUUUGUAUAUACCCACAUUAGUCAAGAAUACUAUGUUUGUAUAUAUAACAUGACGCCAAAGAAUCACUUAUAUCACAUGUUGGUGUAAGUUAAAUAAAAUAUCUAUUUUGUAGAA